CAGAAAGGCCCAAGAGAUGUGGGCAAGACAGUGGGAGAGGCAGUCUGGCUUUCCUGCUGCAUGCGCAGCUAGGAUCCUCCUAUCUCCUGUCAUGUUACUUCACCAACUGGGGUCAGUACAGGCCUGGAGCUGGGAAGUACUUCCCCACCGACAUCGACCCAUGCCUUUGUGACCAUCUGAUCUAUGCCUUCGCCACCAUGGCCAACAACCAGAUCAAGAGCUUUGAGUGGGAUGACGAGAAACUCUAUGCUGAGUUCCAGGCCCUCAAGAACCAGAACAGCGAACUGAAGACCCUUCUGGCCAUCGGUGGAUGGAACAUGGGAACCCCUAUGUUCUCUGCUAUGGUGUCUACUAGUGCUAACCGUCAGACCUUCAUCACCUCCGUGAUCAAGUUCCUGAGGCAGUACGAGUUUGACGGUCUGGACAUUGACUGGGAGUACCCUGGAUCCAGAGGCAGCCCUGCCAUCGACAAGACUCUCUACACCACCCUCACCCAGGAGCUGCUGUCUGCCUUCGAGGCUGAGGGCACCAAGACCAACCGUCCUCGUCUGAUGCUGACCGCCGCCGUCUCCGCCGGCAAGGGCACCAUCGACAGUGGAUACCAGAUCGCCGAGCUCGGCAAGAUCCUGGAUUACUUCCACGUCAUGACCUACGACUUCCAUGGCUCCUGGGAGCACGUCACUGGUGAGAACAGCCCCCUGUACAAGGGACCCACUGACCAGGGAAGCCUCAUCUACUUCAACAUGGACUACGCCAUGAACUACUGGAGGAGCCAGGGUGCUCCCGCUGAGAAGCUGCUUGUUGGUUUCGGUACCUAUGGACACACCUUCAGACUGGCCAGCGCCUCCAACACCGGUGUUGGUGCCCCCGCUAACGGACCUGGACCCGCUGGACCCUUCACCAGGCAGGCCGGAUUCUGGGCCUACUACGAGAUCUGCACCUUCCUGAAGGGAGGAGCCAUUCAGGCUUGGGACUCCACCCAGAUGGUUCCCUACGCCUACUCACCCACCCAGCUCACCUGGGUCGGCUACGACAACGUCAAGAGCUUCCAGGCCAAAAUUGAUUGGCUUAAGAAGAGCCAGUUUGGUGGAGCCAUGGUGUGGAGCUUGGACCUGGACGACUUCAGCGGAACCUUCUGCGGCCAGGGCAGAUACCCCCUGAUCAACACCAUCAAGAGCGGCCUGGGAACCGGAGCCAACUGUGCCUCCCGCACCCAGCCUAUUGCCCCCGUGACCCCCACCGCCCGCGCUCCCCCUCAGCCCCAGGGUGGUGGCGGUAGCAGCAGCGGUGGCGGUAGCAGCAGUGGCGGCGGCAGCAGCAGUGGUGGAAGCGGUUUCUGCGCCGGCAAGGCUAACGGCAUGUACCCCGACCCCACCAACAAGAACACCUUCUACGAGUGCGCCGGCGGCAGGACCUACACCCAGCACUGCGCCAGCGGUCUGGUGUUCGACACCUCCUGCACCUGCUGCAACUGGGCAUAGAGCAAAUCCUUCUACAACAUUCCAUCA